CGUCAACUGUCAACUCAACAUCAAAAUAAAAAAUUAAAAAUAAAUAAUAAAUUUUUAUGUUAAUUUUUUUAUUUUUGUAAUUUUCUUAAUAUUUGGGUUAGACCAUGUGGGACUGUUUUUCCUUCUAUUUCAUUCUAAAACCUGCUUCACGUCAAAGUCAUUAGAAGCCACGCUACAAGCUUCAACUACUUGAAGCAUUAGAAAUUCUUACAUAGUCCAGAGCCAGAUGACAUCUCCAGAACCUCUUACAGAUUGAUAUAGGAACGUUUUUAUAUUGAACAGCAUAGAAAUAAAAACAUGCUUCCAGAACCCCUGACUUCCAAAAUGUCCCAAGAUUUGACCAAAUUGUGUAGAACAUGUCUUGGAGACCUCAACUUGAAGGAAAAGAAACCAUUGUCUACAGUACAAUCAGUGAAUGGAGAGCAUACACUCUGCUCAAUGUUAUCAGUUUGCUGUCCCUCUCUACAGAUAGAACCGAAUGACCAUUUACCCCAACAAGUAUGCAUAAAUUGUGAACAAAAUAUAAUUACAGUCUUUGCUUUGCACCAGAUAUGGCUUAAGUCGGAUGAGAUACUGAGUUCUUAUAGCAGGCACAGGAAACCGGACUUUGUGAUACUAAAACCCUUAGAUUCUUCCACAGAUAUUUCCGUACAACUCACCGAUAUGUUAAAGAAAAAUGAGAAGAGUAUUGAUGAAGUUGAGCAUUUAAAUAGUGAAAGAGAAUCAUCAUCUUUGUUAAUUGGAGGAGGCAUUGAAGUAGAUGAAGAUACAUCAGAAUUUAAUGACAAUAAUUGUGCUGAUACUCUAUAUCAAGAAGAAAUGUUCUUAAAUCCAAAAAGUGAACCAGACGAGACACUACAGCCUUUAUUUGCUUGUGAGGGCAGAAACUGCUGUUUAUGUUUCACAACUGCAGAAGAUUUAAAACUUCAUAUUAAAGAAAACCAUGGCACAAACUAUUGCACUCUUUGCAAUCAAACAUUUUCCAGUCCAAGUACUUUUUCCAGGCAUACAGCUUCAAAACACCAACCGCAAAAGUUUAGGCAUUUAUGUAGUGAAUGUGGUAAAAAAUUUAGCAGGGCUGACGAUUUAAAAAGACAUCUGAGAGUCCAUACUGGUGAACGUCCUUUUAAAUGCAAAAUUUGUGGUAGGUCCUAUUCGCAAUCUUAUAGACUGAUUGAACAUAUGAGGUCACACUCGAAUGAACGAAGGUUCAUGUGUGCAACUUGUGGUAAAAAAUACAAUAAAUAUUCGACAUUGUUGGCUCAUAAUAAAAUUCACAAUAGGACCAAAAUGUACAACUGUGAGGAAUGUGGAAAAAGCUUAAGUAAUCCAAGUUCUUUAGCUUUACACCUAAAAAUCCAUAAGGGUCAAAAGGAUUUUGCUUGUAGUUAUUGCAAUAAAAGGUUUGUUAGUGGCAGUAACAUGUUAGUUCAUCAAAGAACCCAUACAGGGCAUCGACCUUAUUUGUGUGGGAUUUGUGGAAAAUCAUUCUUGGACAGAAGCAGGUUGAUUGUUCAUGAACGAACUCAUAGUGGUGAGAAACCAUACGUUUGUCAGUAUUGUGGUAGAGGCCAUAUAAGCUCAACCCACCUUAAAAGACAUCUAAGAAUUCACACGGGCGAGAAACCCUAUACAUGCAAGAUGUGCCCGAAAUCCUUUAGAAGAAAUGAAGACCUAGUUAUACACAUGAAAGUUCAUAGAAAUGAAAGGGACCACGUCUGCUGUGUGUGUCAGAAGGGAUUCUUCCAAAAAAGCACCUUGGCAGCUCAUUUAAGGACACAUUCAGGCUCGAAGCCAUUUAUUUGCUUUGAUUGUUCUGAAACUUUUGCUAAUCCUGGCACUCUUUACACUCAUAUGAAAACUCACGAAAAGACACAAUUUGAACGUAUUCAGGCGGACCAGGAACAAACAGCGGUUUAGUUUGUAAUUUACACUUUAAAUAUUUAUUUUAUUGUAAUAGGAAAUAUAGUAUUAAUAUUUUGUGAUAAGAUUAAGAUUACAUUGCAUUUAUUAUUA